ACGCGUGCGCCGAGCCGGUCGUGAAGAAAGCGCCUGCCCAACGCCGGCGCCGGGGGAUCCCCGUCCACCGUACCAUUUCGCGUCACCGGCUUCGACUGGCCUGAGAGGAGGCACCCGGCUGCCUCCUUAGCACCGAAACUCGUUAAACACCGACGUAUUGACGUUUCGCGCGCGUAUCUCGCUCGCAGCGGGUAUCUCAGCGACGCACGGAGUCAGGACGCGUUUUUCUCUCUCUUUCCGUGUGCUGGUGUUCAGUGAGGAUAGCGAAGGGAGGAGAACUGACGUUCGGUCGAGUUUCUACUUUCGACAGAAACAGGUUGUCGUCGUUCCGAGGGACAUUCGAGGGCACAGAAGCGUUCCACAGCUCGCUCGCUAUGAAGCCCUGGCAUCAUCACAUUUUGGUGUCGAGUUGCGAACGGACGACGGCAGAGUUGAGUGCGUUAGAGUGAAGGAAGGACACGAGUCAGCGUUUGACAGAAUGACAAUUGACUUGAUUUCUCUUUCGUGAACUGACAUUUAACGGAAGAGAUCAGAGGAAGAUGUUUCCACGAGAAAUAGAAGACGAAUCUGGAAGUCAAUGAUGUGACUAGUGUGCUGGUUUAAACGCGAUGACGAAGAAUACGAGUGCGUUGACAGGUCAUCGAUAGCGAUAAGUGCGAUUGGUUUCGUGACUGUGGCUCGAACGGGUGCCCCCCACCCCCUUCUCCCCCGCGAAGAUUGUCGAGAACUCUCGAACAUGUUAGGCCAGUGAAUGAGACUCGAUAGACUGUGUGGUGAUCCCGUGAACAGUUUUAGGACGCAAGUGCGUUAUCGAAAGAAUGCGCGGUGCUUGAAGAGUUAACUUGCCGUGGCCUCGCGACUGGCUCGCCAAAAGCCAUCAGGCGAGUGUCUCGAGCUUUUUAGUUUAGCUCCUUCUUACAUCCGCGCGGCAUGUGUACCACGGAGAUGACAGAAUCGUACACGAUGUCGCCAUCGACAACGGUAUCUUCCAGCGCCGCGACACCCGGCUGCGUGAGCGGCUCGUCGGCACACCGACGGACGUCGUGCAGAGGCUCGCCGGGUCGAGGAGACGUUCAAGACGACGAGGAUGAGAUUUCCGUGGGUUGUCCCAGUCCGCUGCCGCUGGUAGUCGCGACGCCCAACACGGAGGACGAGUUGGCCUCCUCCAGGGAAGAUUACGCCGAUCGUCUGAGUCCCAGAAGAACCUAUCCACGAGACUCGAUGACGGAGGAUGAGGAGAGGGCUUAUUCCCGCAACGGAGAAUACAGGAUGUCGAACGGAAGAACGGGCAGUAGGACUCGUGAGAGCGGUGAUUCGGUCACGACGCUCAGGGACGACGAGGAGGACGAGGAGGAGGAGGAGGAGAUGGACAGUAGGACCGGUAGCAACGGAGCGGCGGCUGCCGGUACCACGGACGACUACUUCAAGCCGCUGAAACGUCUGAAGAUGGUGCAGAUGCAGCACUCGGAUGAAGAGGAUGAGAGGGAACGAGAAUCCAAUGACCGCGGAGUCAAGUCUUUCAGUAUUCUCGAUAUCCUGUCGCAUCGGCCGAAGGCGAAGAUCGUCCGUCCUUGGGACACGGCGGAUUCCGGCCUCGGCCAUCAGCACCGUCAUCACCUGCAGCAUCAUCAUCAUCAUCAUCAUCAUCAUCCGCAUCAUCUGCAGCACCAUCAUCAUCACAGUAGUCAUCCGAGUCACGCGACCGGGCCCCGGGAUCUCUCGCUGAUGGGUAUGUCACUCGCGUCUAUGUCCAGUUCCAUCAGCGAGCCACCUCUCAGCAGCUCCUCGUCGUCCGGAAGGAGCUCCGUGUCGGAUUCCGGUAGUCCGGACCCGCUCGCCCAUCAUCACCAUCAUCACGCCGCGCUUCAUCACGCGGGCAUUCAUCCCGGCCUGCAUCAUCCGGCGCUCCAGCAGCCGCAGCAGCAGCUCAAGAGGAAAAUGCCGCAGCAGCACGGCUCCCACGCUGGCCAAAACGGCAAGAGGACCACAGGGCAGGGCAGUCCCUUGGACGCACUCUUCCAAAUGACCAGCAAGACCUUUGAUGCGGGCGAACACAGUCAGGAGCAAGCCAAUCACUUGAACCUGUUCAACAAUCGCCAGCAGCCGAAGAAGAAGCGUAAGAGUCGGACGGCGUUCACGAAUCAGCAGAUCUUCGAACUGGAGAAAAGAUUCUUGUAUCAGAAGUACUUGAGUCCGGCCGACAGGGACGAGAUCGCCGCUCAGCUGGGUCUGAGCAAUGCCCAAGUGAUCACGUGGUUCCAAAACAGGAGGGCGAAGCUCAAGAGGGACAUGGAGGAGCUUAAGAAGGACGUGCAGACUGUGAAUCCACUUCUGGUCGCCCAGCAUCACAAAACUUUCCUGGAGAACGUGCAAGAUCUGGGAAUCUUAAAGAAACGACCAUUGCCAAACUCUAUGGACGAGAAAUCGUAGAGGUCGAAAUCGUCGUUUCGACCUACUGUGUGCAAUCGAGGCUCGACGGGGGAAUCGGACAACGGAUAAUUACUCGUGUAAUCUCAAGCAUCUUCGACCGAAAAAAAAAAAAGAUCGAACCGUGAUACAUAAUUCCGUGUUACAAUGUAUUAUAUCGGGCAAGCACACACGGAAAUUGUUUUGUGCGUCAACGAGUGUUUUCUGUAUUCUUCGUUUUACGUGCGAUUUGAGUCUUCUGCCGCACUUUAACGUCCUUUCUUGAAGAAAAUUGUGAGAAAAAGUCUUACGCGAUAAAGGACAUUUUUUCAAAUGUCCUUAACGCUGCCUGUCUAAUAAUCUAUUCAAGCUCAAGUUUUAUUUUUCUUAAACCUGUAAAGUUAUUGUUUACAUCGUUGCCGCGCCUAAUUUUUUGACGAAUGAAUAUUCCGUACAAAUGGUUCAAAACAGUUACGAUCCCAUACUGAAGUACGAUUUAAUGGGGAUAUUGCUUAAAAAUUUUUUGAAAGAAAUUUUCGUUGUGCUUGUUGGAACUGAAAAAGGGUGACGUUCUUAUGUCGCGAUUUACGGCUUAAAUGGAAAGCGUAUCAUAGUCCGCGACAACUUUACGCGCAGAGCGCGGUGUAUUAUAAUGUAUUUAUUAUAAAACGGAGAAAAUGAGAGGGGAGAAACGGGCCGUGAGGUAGGCCGACUAAAAUCGUCGAUAAUAAAUUAUUAAAUAAAUAUUAUUCCGUAAAUUAUAAAUAACCACGCGUUGUGGCGCCAUUGUGUACAUAUAUUGUAUAUAGAUAUACAUCGUUUCCUUGAUAAUGUUACGUAUAGGUAUGAUAGAGAGACCGUUAUACAUGAUUAGAGUUAAAAGAAAUCAUAAACAUAGAUGGGACACUGCAAUAUACCUGAUUAUGAGUUUAAUUAGUGAAUUUUAGGAGCGAGUAAAAUGUAUAUCUGCAUACGGCGAUUCGUAAAGUGAUAGUGAGGUGCGUGAGACUAAAAAAAAACUAGGAGCGCGUGUGUAAACCGACUUAGUACAGUGUAUAGCGAAGCUAAAUAAAUGGAAACAUUAUUGAAA